AUGAAGAUGGUCCUUACGAUGUCUUGUGCCAGGCAAGCAUCGGUCAGCAACAGCUCCUCGACUCCGUGGGAGGAAUGGGAGGCCAGAGACUCCAGAGACUCCAGAGACUCCAGAGACUCCAGAGACUCCGAAAACUCCAGAGAUUCAGAUUCGUGGUUAGGACGGCUAGGGGUGCUCCUCCUCCUUCGUCUCCUUCACCUGCGAAGUCAGGACAACCACUUUAGCAUGACCCUGGCGCAGUCGUUCGAGACGUGCCUUGCCUACACCAUCCUGAGCAACCUCGAGACCAUCUCCUUCCGCGCUGAACGAUGCUGGAUCUGUGACAGGUUCCAGCCAGUCAAGCUGGUCUGGACUCCGGCGGUCUCCGGCAGGCUCGAAGACGACGAGGUUCACUCAGUGCAUGCCUACGUCAGUACGGAUGACUUCCUACGCCCGACCGUGCUGCGACGUUCAGCCAGACACCAGGCAGUUCGCUUCCAGGCCUAUCGCAUGGUGCCCAAGAUGAAGGAGACCUUGUUGGUCGUCUUCCGGGUCAAUGGCAUGCUCGAGGUGGCCAACGACAUGCCAGUCCGCUUCCUGCCCUGCCCGGUGAAAGUCUCACAAGUAAGCGAGGAAGAGCUCGCCAGCUUCGCACCCGAAGGGGCUGACGUGGCCAGUGCCGAGCCCACGGUCCCGGACAAGAUGAACAACGAGACUCUGUGGGCCAACGAGCUGAUGUACAAGGACCUGCGAGGAUCUCCUUUGGUGGUGACGGAGGACACCGUGGUGGAGGGCAAGCUCGAAGUCUACCCUCGCACUGUGGACCGGGGAGAGGCCCUGGAGCCACCCAAGUGGGACAAGGCCCAGUCCAUCUUCGCAUCCUGGCGAGAGGCAGACUUUCCCUUCCUGGACAAGAUGCUGACUGCUGACAUGAAGUACUGUCGGAUCCAGAAGUUUGCGCCUGACCAGAACAGCGCGCUAGUGAAGCAGGCCAUCAUGCCCUACUACGCCAAGCUGGUCGCCGCUUAUAGACAGAUGUCCAGCUGGGCGGAGAAGCAUCAGGUCUUCGGAGCCUCCCUCCACUCGCUGCAGGUCACGCUCGUUCGAGCCAACGCCUUCGACCGCUAUGUCCCCGUGGAGCAUCUCUCCAGCAUGGCGUUUGCGGCGCAUGCAGUGGAGCGUAAGUUUGCGGAGGAGAUCAAAGUGAAGAGCGACUCAUUCCUGAUCAGGUACCAGUUCCUGGAGACCAUGAUGCGCCUGGCCGAGGCGAAGUACGUCCGAACCGCCAAGGCGCCAGACCUCCCAGAGGCUCUGACAAUGCUAAUGUCCCAGCAUUUGGACGAAGAGUUCUCGCCCAUCCACCAGCAGGAGCUGCAAUUCCAGGUGGACCUGAUGACAGAGGAGGUUGAUUGCGUCUUCAAGAACAACCUGAGUGUGCUGAAUGCUGCCUUCCUGAUCUACGCGGGCUCUGUGGAAGUGCCAGCAGAGAUGCCAUACGUCAAAGAUCAGCUCUCGAAGAACAAGAGGAAAAUGACGUUGCCGGACUUCUACGCUUUGCUGGAUGACUGCGAUGCUUACGAUGAGCGCUUCUUGCGACGACACGCCGCUCGGGCCUUCCAGCUGGGGGGCAUGUGGCAGAUUGACGAGGUUUCAUCUGGCCGUCACAUGCAGCUGAGCUUUGUGGAGUUCAUCAUGGCAAUCGGUGCUGUGAUCUUCCUGCGCGAGUUCUAUCGGCCGGAAGAGUUUGCAGACUUGCUUGAGGAGUUUGUGCUGGACCAGCUGCAGCCUGUUGUUAUGGAGCAGAGGCCCGAGAGAAACCGCCGCAACGUGGAUUUGCAGCUGACCCACAAGACCAUUCGCAAGGUGUGCAAGGACGUCUUCGAGGCAGCCGAUGAGGACGACAGUAACGCCCUCACAGUACGGGAGUUCUCUCGAGCACUGCGUGACCCUCGGACGCGGGAGCUGCUCAUGGGCAAAGACUUCAAGAUCGACGAAAUCCUCAAGGUCUUCGGCAUGUUGGACGAGGACGGCAGCGGUGAACUGAGUUUCAAGGAGGUGCUCCAUGGACUGGGCGCUAUGUUGAAGGUGGAGCAAAACGAGCCUCGUGUUCGGGCCUUCCUGCGCAAGGAGUUGGGCAACGAGGAAGGUUCUGGGCAUUUCACGGCUGUGAUGCUGAUCGACUUCCUCAGCAAGUCCACGACGCAACGGAAGCUCAUGCGAGUCGGUGUAGACAUCAAGGAUCUGAUAGAUGUUGCCAUCGACUCCCUCGAGGUGCCCAAGGGCACUCGCAACUGCGACAAGCUGGAAGCUGCCCUCCAGCAAAUGUUUGACGAAGCAUCCUCGCAGGUGGACGUGCUUGAGGCGAAAAGGACCUUCAUGGGAGUGAUCAAGUCGAUGCGCCAGGACGAGACGCUUCAUAGUGCCAACGACUUCACUCAAAAGGUGCUACGCCUCCGCAAGCCAAAGCCGGUUCCACGCUGGAGGAUCCUCAUCAAGCAGAUCUUUGAGCAGGCCGACACGGACCAAUGUGGCACGCUCAGCCGGGAGGAAUUCCGUGUGGCCUUGCAGUCCCCGAGCACGCAGGCGAAGUUGGAGUCACUGGGCCUGGACUGCGAUGUGGUUGAAGACCUCUUCGACGUCCUGGACGCCGAUGGCAGCGACGACGUCUCGGAGGCUGAGAUGCUGAAUGGCGUGGAGCAGCUUCUGGACCUGGCGAAGGGGUCUGGCAUGGAGAACGUUGACAUGGAUGAGCUGCGCGCAAGAUUGCACACGGAACCCGAGGAGGAUGGGUGA